UUGAGUGUUUGUGGUCUGAUCUAGGACUGGCCAUUGUUUAUUCCCGAAAGCAUCUUCCUACCUUUGUUUCCUGUAUUUACUGGCAUUUUAGCAUUUCAGGAAUCAAAGAUGUUGUGUCCAUCGGAAAUCAGAAGAAGAUGGAGGCUGACAGGGAAGCUGCAAAGGGUUUGACAAGAACAGUCUCCUCUCUUUUUACUCGACAAGACCUGGCUCCUGAGGAAUGGCCCUCACUCAGAUGAGUCUUUCAACUCUGUUGCACACAGUGCUGGUCCUCUUAUAUCUGAACACAGUUGAAGGUAUGUCCGGCUGGUCUGAAUGCUCAGAUGGCUGGGAUGUGUUUGCAAAAAUACACGAAAAUAGCCUCUCCGGGAACAUUGUCGGUGAGUUCGUAGGGAACUCCGACCUGCAAAGGGUUCGGUGGAGUCUGUCUGGGAGGGAUGCUCACUGGUUCUACUUAGACGGAAGAGACAUCCGGCUGAACACGUCAGCUGAAAAGAUCCUUGACCGAGAGAAACUUGGUCCAAUCCUAAUGGCUGAGCUUUCAUGUUAUGAGGAAGACAUGUUUCAGACUGUUUACAGAAUCAUAGUGGAGAUUCUCAAUGAAAAUGAUAAUUUACCCAUGUUUUCGGAAAAAAGUGCUCAAUCACUCAAUUUGAGCGAGCUGACCCCAGUGAAUACUGUGGCUUUUACUGUCCAAGCCUUGGAUGCUGAUGAUGAUAAGAUCCUUUAUUCAAUUGACCAAACAUCCCCUGAUGCUGAGUAUUUCAGGAUUGAUCGACCGAACAGUGGUGAGGUGAUCCUUUCCAAACCUCUGGACUAUGAGACCAAAACUUGGCUUAUUGUCACCAUCUAUGCUUCCGAAAUGAACACUGCUGAGCACUACAACAUCAGCGCCAACGUCACCAUCGCGGUCCAAGAUGGAGAUGACCAGUACCCACAGUUCCUGCCCUGUGACUUGCUGUUCCAGGAUGAGACCAGUCAAAUCUGCACUAGCCCUGUGUACAGGGUCAAUGUCACAGAGGGAGAAGAGGAUGUUGUGCUGGACUUUUUUCCGGGUCCCAUUCAUGCAGUGGAUGGAGACAGAGGUCUCAGUUCUUCCAUCAGCUAUGCCAUUCUUUCUGGAGAUAAAGAUGAGCAUUUCAGUAUCAACAGAGAGACUGGUGAGUUGAGACUAAUGAAGGGUGUGAAAGACAGACACGUAACUCCAGUGCUGCGUCUUCAGGUGAUGGCAUACCAGGACGACGAUCCCAGGAAGUACUCUGUUGCGACAGCUUUGGUCCGAGUUCUGGCAGUGAACCGGUUCCACCCUGAGUUUGAGCUACCUCAAUAUUGUGGUUUCGUCACAGCUGGAAAGAGUGCAGUCUCUCUGGUCAAUACGUAUGGCAGCAGAGCUCUGAUUUUAAAUGUCCACGACCAAGACUUUGAUAAUGGUUUCAAUCCAAUGAUCUACUUGACCAUUGGUGCUACAACCAACUACCCUGACAUCUAUCAAGUCACACAUGGGGGGCUCGUGAUCGCAAGGACCAGUCAUCUAAAGCCGAAGCAGAAGCACAUUCUGGAGGUUUCAGCUGUGGACCAGGAAUCCGGUGACUCAGCUUUUGCUACUGUAGUGGUGGAAGUGUUACCUGAAGGACAAUCAAUCCCUCAAAGUCCCCUGGGAAAAGAACGUCUGACAGGCUGCACGGUGGGCAAAGCACUUUUCCUGAGCAUGCUGCUCAUGAGUGUGCUUGGAUGUAUCUUGUCUGUCUUGACGUGGCUCAAGAGGAAACACAAAGGAAUGAGAGACCCACUGGAGAGAGGCUGUGUGGCCCAGGGCAAACACCCCAAUGUGAGUUUACGCUGGUUCCAACUGGUGAAUCAUCGUACUGCUAUGCAACACAUGGAGGAGGUAUCCUUCCAAAAUGAGGAAUAUGGCAUCUACAAUCCUUCCUUUAGCUUCCCAGACAAAGCAGGUAUUACCACUAUGGAGGACAUUCCCAUCAGCACAGUACCCUCUUUAUCCACAACAGCUGCUGGUAUCGAGACCACCACCCCCUUUCCCAAUGAAACAGUGCAAAGCCCUACGAUCCUAAAUAACAAUGUUUCUACACCAACCAAAAUUUCCUGUAGCUCACCCGACUGUCACCCCGCCAAGCAGGAUCUGAGCCCUGUGCAUAUGGUAGAUGCUGACAGGCUGCAUAAGGAAAAUGCUGGCCUACCUUGUGACGUGACCCCAGACCCUACUAAAGAACAGUCUAACACUGCUUUAGACCCAGCAACCAAGGAUGACAUCAUGUCUUCUCCUUUAAAUGAGCAAAUAUUGAAAACAACCCCCUCUAACAACCUUGCUGAGUCAGCCCCCAGCCCCUCAUGUCCAUCUAGUAGUGAACUGAUGUCAGCAGAAAUGGACAACCCACUUCUGAAAACUACUAAACCGACCCCCUCACAUUCACCAUCCUUGUCCCCAUCGCUCCCCAGAGAGACAGGAACACCUAAACCCACCCCAGAGUACGGCCCUUUAAAAGCCACCUUGGUGCAUUUAGAUAUGUCCCCUACAGACACCCUUCCAGAAUCACCAAUGGGAACAGGAUUGACUCUGAAUGCUGAGGUAGACCAACCUUCCACUUCCCUGGAUCAUGUAGAACCAUCAGAGUCAGAAGAAGGGGUGGUGGAUGUUGAAAGCCCAUCUCCGGACAGGAGACCUUCGACAAACUCAGGAAAUACCCUAAACAGUCGUGAAGAGGAGGAUGAGGAGGGUUUUCUUGGUGACGAUGAUGUGGACAAAAACAGUGAAGACACUGAGAGUGACCGAUCAGAGUUCAGAAGAUGGAGCAGGUAAAAUAAAAAUGGCUGAGACUACAUCAAGCAAAAGGGAAACACUGGACUGAUUCUGCCAAAGCAUGGAUAAGGAUGCACUCAGUGCAUGUGAGGUAGCAUGUUAAUACAAGCAGAAAAAACAUUCAGCAGCACACAAUAAAGUUGAGAAUACGCACAAUGUUGACUCCACAUGUUACAGUUGCUUUAGUAGAAGGAACGAGUAAACACCCAAUGCAGUUGACAGCAGUAAUUUGAAUAAACAUUAUAUAUUCAUUGUGA